UUAGCGUUGACAUUCUCCCUCAGCCUCGACUCGCGCCAUCUCCUUUUCCUUCCCGACCGCCGACCGCCGACCGCACGAAGAAAAAACACCAACGAUGCGAGGGUCGCAGUGACCACGACCGAAGUCGAGUUGUGCAGUGCUACUUCCGUCUCUCGCUUGCGCUUACCCCGGAAGCCAACUCCCGAAUACCGACCACAACCCCCACUCCGCCGUCUACCAUGAUAGUGAGGGAUCUGAAGCGCUUGGCCCUCGUGGUCGGGCCGCUGGUGGUUCUCCUGCUCCUCAGUAUCAGCCUGUGGCACUCGCACACAGAUUAUGUGCGCUCCCGCGUCGGCGCCCUGCUCGGCAAUGAUGCGAAUGCCCCGCCUUCGACCGACUCUCACCGCAAGCCGAAGCUGACCGCCAACGAGACACACUACGAGAUCUACUCGGCAUCUUCGGCUGACGGGAGGUUCUUCGAUAUCCAGUUCGGCAGGAACGUCUUCAACCCCAACAUCAUCCCGCACCAGAAGAUCAACAACACGUGGAUCGUCGUGGGCCAGCUCUGGACUGACCCCAAUAGCAACAAGCCCGGAAACGAAGUAUACGAGGUUGGCUGUGUCGCACAGUUCAUCAACGGUGUUCUCAUGUGCAUCGACUACGUGCACCCUCUGCCCUACGAGCCGUCGCCGGGUGGCAAGUGCGAGGGGGAAAUCUCCUUUUACAACCUGAAUGUUGGGCCCCAUGACGCCCGCGUCUUUUUUGGGCCGCAGAACCCGUUGACCAUCUACGGUUCUAACGGUGGCCACACCUGCUUCGGCCAAUUCAUCCGGGACUUCCGUAAGAUGGUCGAUUGGGAGUACGAGCUGAUGACCAACACCGACUUCGAGAAGGGAAUCGAGAUCGUGCGGCCCCCGCCGUUUGCCGUCUUGGAAAAGAACUACUUCGUAUUUUGGGACAAGGACAACGAGAUGCACGUCCACUACGAUUCAUACCCGGAGCGGGGUUAUGCGAAGCUUGAGCGUGACGGCAGCACUGGACCGGAGCUCGCGACCAAGACCGCCGAACACGACGGGAAGUGCUUGCAGCGUUACCUCCCCAAGCUACCGCCCAAGGAUGAGUCGAUUCACCAGGCGACCAACUCCCUGAAGAUCACGCUGUGCAACCGCGCCGACAAGACGUGCGAGCCGCACGACGGCAACACCUAUAUCCUCACCAUCAUCCAACACAAGACGUAUUACGAGUACCACAGCGAGUACGACCCUUACGUGGUGCUUUUUCAGCAGCGCGCCCCGUACGAACUGUACGGCAUCUCCAAGAAGCCCCUCUGGAUCAGCGGGCGCAAACAUCACAAAGGCCGGCGCACCGACAUGAUGUACGUCACCUCGGCCAACUGGAAGGACCGCGGCGUCAACUACCACGGCUACCUCGAUGAUGUGGUCUUCCUCGGCUUUGGUUUUGAGGACAGGAACUCGGCAGGAAUUGAUGUCCGCGCGGGUGACCUGCUCGUCGGCCUCGGUCUCUGUGAAGAGCCAUGAUCGCCGCCGACGGGCUACGCUUGGGGAUCGAAGGGCUGUUCCCGUCUCGGGCUGCUCCCGUCUCAGCCCACCCGAGACCGCGACCGGAGAGCCGUCCGAAGAUUGCCCGAGACAUCUUUCACCAACGCAUGCGGCAGCUCCUCGGCCCCGCGCCAUUCGCACCACGUCCGGUCUUACCAUGAUCUCG